AUGCCCGGCUCCCUCUUCGCCGAGCUGGAGCGCGGCGGCGGCGGCGGCGGGGCGGGGGCGGGGACGGGGGUCUGCGGCGGGGCGGGGGUCUGCGGCGGGGGUCCCAGCCUGGACGAGCAGCGGGCGCUGCAGAUGGCGCUGGACCAGCUGUCGCUGCUCGGGCUGGACGCGGACGAGCCGGGCCCGGGGCCGGAGCCCGAGCCGGAGCCCGAGCCCCGCAGGAAGAGCGUCAACAUGACCGAGUGCGUCCCCGUGCCCAGCUCCGAGCACGUCGCCGAGAUCGUGGGGAGGCAAGGCUGCAAGAUCAAGGCCUUGCGGGCGAAGACCAACACGUACAUCAAGACCCCGGUGCGCGGGGAGGAGCCGGUGUUCGUGGUGACCGGGCGCAAGGAGGACGUGGCCAUGGCCCGGCGGGAGAUCAUCUCGGCGGCCGAGCACUUUUCCCUCAUCCGCGCGUCCCGGACCAAGGCGGGCGCGCUGGGUGGGGGCGGCGGCGGGGGUGGCGUGGGCGGUGGGGGCGGGGUGGGCGGUGGGGCUGCCCCGGGGCCGCCCGCCCUGCCGGGCCAGACGACUAUCCAGGUGCGCGUGCCGUACCGUGUGGUGGGGCUGGUGGUGGGGCCCAAGGGGGCGACCAUCAAGCGCAUCCAGCAGCAGACGCACACGUACAUCGUCACGCCGAGCCGUGACAAGGAGCCGGUGUUUGAGGUGACGGGCAUGCCAGAGAACGUGGACCGCGCCCGCGACGAGAUCGAGGCCCACAUCGCCUUGCGCACCGGCGGCCUGGUGGAGCUCAGCGACGACAACGACUUCCACGCCAACGGCACCGACGUGGGCUUCGACCUCCUGCACCACGGGCCCGGGACCCCCGCUGGCCUCUGGAGCAAGCCCACCCCCGGCCCGCCCCCCGCCCCAGGCCCGCCCCCGGCCCCGGCCCGCAAGCCCUUCGCCGGCUACCGCCACGACAGCUCCGGCUCGCUGGGCGGCGCCUCCACGGACUCGUACUUCGGGGGCGCGGUCGCCACCUCGCGCCUGGGCAGCUACAGCCCCCCGAGCCCCGCCCUGGCCUUCGCCCCCAACGCCAACGGCUUUGGGGUCGGCGGGGAGGCCGGCAGCGGGGGCGGCGCCCCCUCCCCAGACUGCGGCUGUGUGGCCGACCUGCCCGCCUUUGACCCUGCCCCCGCCCCGCCACCCGGGGUGCCCCUGCUCUGGCCUCAUCAGUUCGAGCGGCCCCCCGGCGGGAUCCCCGCGGGCCCGGCCUGCCCCUCGUCUUCGUCAUCGUCCUCCUCAUCGUCGUCCUCCUCGUCGUCCUGCUCCUCUUCGGCCUCGUCCUCUUCCUCCCCGUCCUCCGUGGUCUUCCCGGGCGGGGGCUGUGCCGCGCCCCCCCAUGCCAACCUGGGGCUCCUGGUUCACCGCCGUCUGCAUCCGGCCGCCGCCCCCGGCUGCCCACGUCUGUCCCCUCCCCCACCGCCCCCUCCUCCGCUGCCCCCGCCGCCCCCCGGGGGCCUGGGCCCGGACCACCCUCUGGCCCGGCGGGUGCGGAGCGACCCGGGCGGGGGCUGCCUGGGUGGCUACCCGGUUUACGCCAGCGGGCCAGGCGGGCCCCCGCCCGGCCUGCCGCCCUCCGACUCGUCCUCGUCAUCCUCCUCCUCCUCCUCCUCCUCGUCGUCCUCGUCCAGCUCCUCAUCUGGCUCCGGCCUGCGGCGGCAGGGCAGCCGCGACUGCUCCGUCUGCUUCGAGAGCGAGGUCAUUGCGGCUCUGGUGCCCUGCGGGCACAACCUGUUCUGCAUGGAGUGCGCCAACCGCAUCUGCGAGCGCAGCGAGCCCGAGUGUCCCGUCUGCCACGCCGCUGUCACCCAGGCCAUCCGCAUCUUCUCUUGAGGCAGCCCCGGGCACCGUCGGAGGCCGCUCCCACGCUCCCGGGAACAGCGGGGCUCGGACUCGCCGGGCCGGUCCGGUCCGGCCGUUGGCCACCGCCUGAAAACCCGGGGGCUGGAAGAGCCGGGGGGGAGGGGGAGGGGACAUGACCGUCGCCAGGGAGCUUCGGUGCCGUCGAAAAUGCAUGCGAUAUAUGGUGAAUUUUUGCCAGUGACUCCAUCUUUAGUAAUAGUAGUUUUUACACUGUACCUUUCCGAUACGAAACUUCCAAAAGCAGAGAUCUCACAACCUUCUUCUUUCCUCUGAAAAGUUAGGAUCCCCCCCACCACCCCAACCGCCCCAACCACCACUACUCUCCCCCCUCCGGGAUAACGACGAUGUCGAGGACGAUAUUGAUGAAUAAUAAUGAUGUUGAAGAUGAUGAUGAUAAUAAUAGCGGAUGAUGAUGAUAAUAAUAAUAAGGGUGCGUAUAGGAUGCUUGGACUGUGAGUCCGCUCUCCCGCCCCGGCUCUCCAGGGUCGCUCUUCGUGAGAGGCCAGAGCGGUGGGUGGGAUAAUUUCCUGAAUGUUUCCGGACGGGUCAGGAGUUCCUGUGAAACCAUGAUACUGCAGCUUUAUCAAAGUUAAAGAAACUGUAACAUAUCUCUUAUAUAUAUUGAAAAGCGUUUAAAAGGUUUUAAAGAGAAAUUGCAUUAAUACAGAUUGAAGUAUUUUAUUCUUUUUUGACUUGAAAAAUUAUAUUUCAUAUUGCAAAGAUGUUUACAAGUAUUUUAAUUUAAGUUCAGUGAACUUUUUUGUAGCUGGGUUAAAUCUUUUUUAUUUUAGUAUGGCCUCAUGGCCAAGAACACUGUAUUAUUUUAAUAUCACACAAUUGUGGGCAGAAUUACCAUCCAUAAAAUGUGUAAUUCUUUGAACAGUAUUCUGUUGGGAUGGAGAUUUUUUAUAGUUUCGGAAAAAAAAUCUUUUAAAACCGCUUCACCCGGCGUAUUUUCUAUUCCGUGAUAUAAAGCCUAUUUUAUUCUAUAUUAUUACGAAAACGGAAAUGUAUAAACCUAUGUCAAAAGGAACUGUUGAGCUUUCUAACAUUUGUAUAAAUAGAAUUCAGUGAAAGUUACAGAAAUUCCGUUGCAGCACUAUAGUUUUAGAAUUUCUAUUUUAAUACAUUUGUUUACCACUUGUUUCUGUAUAUGUAGGUGACGUUACUUGAGCUUAAAUGUACUUUACUGAGCAAAGUUUAAAAAAAAAACAAAGUAUAUUUUAUUUUAUGAUAAAGGGCCUUUAACUUCACGGUCAAAUACUAAUAUUAUAUUUGCUGAGACAAGAUUUGAAAUUGUAUCAAGAGUUUUAUUUUUCUGACAUUUAAAGUUCUACAUAAUAAAGGUAAAACUUAAGUAAUGGUGCUACUUCAUGUUUUUUUAAGUAUUUCUAUAUAAAUAAAAUAUUCCAGAAAGCUGACA